CAAGACUGCUUCCUGUCACCCCAGUACAGCCCAUACUGGUCCCAGUGACUCCAUUACACAAGGGGAAAUCCUCUACGACGUCCAGUCUGCUCCCAGUGUCUCCAGUAUUGACAGUUGGAGAUCUGCAUGAUGCCUGUAGUCACCACUGUGCCAGUGACCCUAAUACUCCUCUCUAGAGGGUCUCAGUGCCCCCAGUACUGCACAUACUGGUCCCAGUCACACCAGUACCUACUCAAAAGGAGCUCCCAGUUGCCCAGGUAAGCCCACACUACUGCCAGUGACACCAGUAUUCACCCAAGAGGAGGUGUCCCACAACUCCAGUAGCCACUCUAGAGUCCCAGUGAGCCCAGUACUCCCCCCACACUGUCCCCAGCCACCAGAUACAUCAUUACCCAGGAGAUCCCAGUCACCCCAGUACUCCCACAAGACUCCUACUAACCCCAGUGCCCAUUCAAGCAGGGGGUCCCCAUGACAUCUGUAGUCAUUCCAGUGUCUCAGUGACUCGCAUCUGACUGGUUCCAGUGCCUACAACCCCUGUACCCGCACUCCUGUAGUCUGACACUCCCCACUUGCUGCAUCCUGAGAUAUUGGGGUGACUGGGAGCAGUGUGGUGGUGUACUGGCAUCACUGGAACUCGAGCAACUGCAGGCAUCAUGGAGACCCCUGGCUUGAAUACCAGGGUUACUGGGAGCAGUGAGUGUCACUGGGAUUCUGGGGUGCCUACUGGCAGCAUGGGGACCGUCCCCAUGCUAGGGUGGGUACUGAGGUCACUGGGACCGGUGUGGGGGUACUGGAGUGACUGGGACAUUCCCUUGUGUGAGUAAUGGGACUGUUACAGGCAGCACUGGUGUGACUGGGAGCAGUGUGAGGGUACUGGGCUCUGUGAGAGUGUUACAGGCAGGGUAGGAGUGACUGGAAGUGUAGGAAUGAUACUGGGAUCACUGUGGGGACAGCACUGGUGUGACUGGGAGCAGUGUGAGGGUAAUACUGGUGCAACUGGGAGCACUGUGGGGACAUUACUGAUGUGACUGGGAGCAGUAUGGGGCAGCACUGGUGUGACUGGGAGCAGUGUAGUGGUACUGGUGUGACUGGGAGCAGUGUGGGGACAGCAGUGGAACCCCUGGGAUCGGUGUAACUGGGCGCUCGCCCGCUCCCACCUCCCCCCUGCCCGGGUCACCGCCCGCUGUCCCUGCGGCGGCCCCGGGGGAUGCGGGGGAUCGCCGGUCCCGGGCGGUCCCUCCCUGUCCCUGCCACUCCUCCCUCCUCCCUCCCCGUCCCCUCCCAUUCCCUGCCGGUCGCUCCCGCCGGGCCCGUCCGGCCGCUGUCCCCGCGGGCUGUGGCCGGGCCAUGGCGGAGGCUCCGCAGUCCCCGGCGGCCCCGGCGCUGCCGCUGCGGGCGCGGCUCAGCUUCGCGUGCGGGCACUUCCUGAACGACGCGUGCUCGGCGCUGUGGUUCACCUACCUGCUGCCCUUCCUGCACGCCGUGCUGGGCUACGGGCACGGCGCGGCCGGCGGGCUGCUCCUGGCCGGGCAGGCGGCCGACGGGCUCUGCACUCCCCUGCUCGGCUUCGAGGCCGACCGGGCCCACGGCUGCGGCCGCUGCGGGCGCAGGAAGGGCUGGCACCUGGCCGGCACCACCUGUGUCCUUGUGUCCUUUCCGUUUGUCUUCAGCCCCUGCCUGGCCUGCAGGGAGAGCACUCCACAGUGGGCAGCCUUCAUCUACUACCUCCCCUUCAUCAUCAUCUUCCAGUUUGGCUGGGCAGCCACACAGGUGUCCCACCUGGCCCUCAUCCCCGAGCUGGUGAGCAGUGACCAUGGGAAGGUGGAGCUCACGGCUUUCAGGUAUGCCUUCACUGUCAUGGCCAACAUCACUGUGUACGGCCUGACCUGGCUCCUGCUGAACUUCCAGACAGACCAGCCCGACCACAUGGAGCACCUGGGCCCACAGGACAUCCCUGUGUUUCGGAACUUGGCCCUCAUCGUGGUGGGGCUGGGGGCCGUGUUCUCCCUUAUCUUCCACCUGGGCACCAAGGAGAAGCCAUACUCACCAGGGGUGCUGCCCGAGCCAGAGGAGAGCACCCCGCUGCUGCACAAGGAGCCCUCGGGCCCCCCACGCCCACUGCUGCUCUGGAAGGACUGGCUGCUGGAGCCCUCCUUCUACCAGGUUGCAGUGCUCUACAUGGCCACCCGCCUCAUCGUCAACCUGUCCCAGACCUACAUCGCCAUGUACCUGACCAACUCACUGCUGCUCUCCAAGAAGUACAUUGCCACCAUUCCCCUAGUGAUGUAUGUCAGUGGGUUCCUCUCCUCAUUCCUCAUGAAGCCUGUGAACAAAUGGAUUGGUCGGAAUCUGACUUACUUUGUGGGCAUCCUGGUGGUCCUGGCCUUUGCCUCCUGGGUGACCCUGGCCAGGCCAAUAGGAGAUGAGAUCUACGGGCUGGCAGUGCUGCUUGGGGCCGGCUCAGCCACCAUCCUGGUCACCUCUCUGUCUAUGACUGCAGAUCUCAUCGGCACUAACACGCACAGCAGCGCAUUUGUCUACGGUGCCAUGAGCUUCACGGACAAAAUGGCCAAUGGCCUGGCUGUGAUGGUGAUCCAGAACCUGCACCCCUGCCCGACUGAGCUGUGCUGCCCUGCCUGUGUCGACUUCUACCGCUGGGUGAUGGUGCUGGUCACUGGCGGCAUCGCCAUUGCUGCUGUCACCGUGCUGUGCUGCAUCAUGGUGUGGCCCAUCCGGAUCCGCUACCGUGCUGUCAGGCUGCAGGGGCUGAGCAGUGCUAGGACCCCUGAAAGUGGCACUGGGAGUGCUGAGGGAGAGAGCCAGAGGAGCACCAUCAACUGAGCGGGCCUGUGUCCCUGGCCACCAUGUCCUCAGGGCUGUGUCCUUGGCCACUGCGGUGCCACACUCUGAGUCUGGAGGGUCUCCUGCACUGGGGGCCACUGGGCUCUGGGGAGGGGGGUGACCCCCACCCUGUCUCCUUGCACUGGACUCAUUCCCAUGAACUUGUAUUCCCAUGAACCCUGGACUCAUGUUCCCAUCCUGGACUCUCGUGUCCCAGACCCCACCGGGCUGAUGAAGGCUGUCUGUGGUGCAGUGUCACCGGUGCAGGGUCACCUGUCACCUCUCACCUGCACAAUGAACAUUGCCAGGCCGGGGAAGCCCUAGAAGAGGAUGGGGCACCCGGCCCGAGGUUUUAAUCUGCUUUUGUAAGGUCAAUACGUACAAAGGGCACUUUAUAAAGGAGGAGAAAAAGGAGAGGACAAAAGCCAGCCGCAGCGCUGAUGGCCC